GUUUAUGAUCCAGUAGCAGUUCCCUAUUUGUUUGGUCAUCCUACACUCUGGCAUUUAACUUAGCACCGCAGACGCGGCAUUUGGAUUUGAACCUGAAAUAAGAUGGCAGCCAAGCUUGUCAAAGCUGCAACAAGUGAAAAACUGGCUGAAACUGAUUGGAUGAAAAAUAUUGAAAUAUGUGAAAUAGUUGCUCAUGAUCAAAGGCAAGCUAAAGAUGUUGUUAAAGCUAUUAAAAAAAGACUUGCUGGCAAAAAUCCCAACACUCAACUUUAUUCAGUCAUGUUAUUGGAAAUGUUGAUGAACAAUAUUGGGGAUCCUAUUCAUAAGCAUGUGGUUGAUAUGGGAAUUAUUCCUAUUUUGGUGAAUAUUGUGAAGAAAAAGUCAGAUUUGCCUGCCCGAGAGAGGAUCUUUCUCCUUUUAGAUGCCACGCAAACAUCCCUUGGCGGUGCUUCUGGAAAGUUUCCCCAGUAUUAUAAUGCAUAUUAUGAUUUAGUGAGUGCUGGCGUGAAAUUUCCUCAAAGGGAUCGUGUGGUGCAAUCAAAUCAUCCUAGUUCACAACCUACUAAGAUCAGUAACGUACUGAACAGGGAGUGGGGCUCACCUAGAGAAGAAGGAGUUGCUCAGCAAGCAGAGUCACAAACUGUUCCUGAAUCUAGUAUUAUUCAAAAGGCGAGUAAUGCAUUAGAGGUUCUAAAAGAAGUCCUUGAUGCUGUUGAUCCCCAGCAUCCUGAGGGAGCAAGCGAUGAGUUCACCCUUGACCUUGUAGAACAAUGUUCAUUUCAGAAGCAAAGGUUAAUGCAUCUUGUGAUGACUUCUCGAGACGAUAAGAUAAUUUCUCAGGCAAUUGAAUUAAAUGAGAAGCUUCACAAAGUACUUGCAAGACAUGAUGACCUUCUUUCUGGUGGAGCUACAGCAGCUGGUAAUUGUUUUGGCCAUGAUGAACCAGAGGAAGAGGAGCCAGAACAGUUGUUUCUUAGAUUACGGAAAGGGAAGGCUUGCGUACGGGCUGAAGAUGAAGACACUGCACCCCAGUACCCUGACUUGGCUUUGCUUGAAGAAAGACUGAAUCGUCCACUAAUAAGGCCGCUCUCUCUAGAGCCAUCACGAGAACCUAGUCCUCGUUCUCUUCCCGCUACAAUUCCGCCUCCUCAUGCAAAAGGCGUCAAUAGAGAGCCGCCUGUUGUUGCCAUACCACCACCACCUGCAAAGCACAUUGAGCGGGAGAGAUUUUUUCAGGAAAAGAAGACGGAUGCUUUUCCUCUGGCGGGGCACAUGAGGGGCCUCUCUUUACAUAGUUUAAAUGGCAGCAGCUCUCACAGUGGAAGCUUUGAUUCCAGUGACUAGACUUCUGUUUUAUCUUUUAAAUGUCUAGUUUGAAUUUUAAGCUGUGAGAGGAUGCUGAUUUCUGAUUUAGUCCUGGGGGGUUACGUUAUGAGAAAGGACGAACACAAUCCUCUUGGAAAGUGCAUGUAGGGAGUUUUCUGAGAUCAUAUGCCAUGACCUGAGAUUUGUAAUUAUUGCUAGUAGGAGCAGGUUUGUUCUAGUGCUUUAUUUUCUAAUUUGUUGGGAUCUGUAUCUACUUUCCCCACCUUAGUAAUUAUUCCUACAAAGUCAUAACCGUCUAGUAGGCCAGGGUUUGCUUCUUACCGUGUUGUAAGCUACCUCGAAAUUUUCUGUUGUGUUCGGUUUGGAUUUUGUCUCGUCUCUCUGCUCCUUCCUCUACGUCACAGUCAAGAUAUUUAUAUGCAA